AUGUGCCUGAUUUUCACUUGUGGGGAAACAGAGUUCAAAAAGCAGUUGGCCGGCUAUGACGGGGUUAUAUGUCAAUGCCAUAACUGUGGCAAUUACGCAGCGCGGGUCAUAAAACGAAACCCAUGGUUUACAUUCUGCUUCGUACCAGUCGUACCACUCUCCAUACACGGCUACGAAGAUAUCGUCUGCUCAAUCUGCAAUUUCGCUGAGCCCCUACAGAACCGCCAGGACGUCGUUGCGCAAAUGAAUGGAGGUGGGGGAGGAGCAGUGCCUUUACAACACCAGCAGCCACCUGGCGGAGGACCCCCACCGGGUUGGGGAGGAGGAGGAGGGGGCCCUAAACCACAGCAGAGUAUGCAGUAUGGAUGA